AUGACAGUCAUUAAUCCUAAACCAAUAAAUAGUAAUGAUACCAAAAAUCCUAAAAAACCAAAGUGCCAACGUCUGUCCCUCAACCAAAUCGACGUCCCAUUUCCGAUAAGUGAUCAAUUAAAUGCCGUGAUUACAAGCUACAAAGAACGAAAAAUUACAGGAAAACCGCCAAAUUGUUUUCUUCUUUAUCGAAAAGCAUUAGUACGGGAAUUUAAUAAUCACGGUUAUUAUCUUCCUGCAAAAGAAAUCUCGCCAAUAGCAUCUGAGAAAUGGAGGAAUAAACCCGAGAUAGUAAAACAGGAAUAUCGAGUAAUUUCAGAAGAUAUUGCAAAGAUCCUUCAGGACACAGAAACACCACGAAUCCUCACACCCGAGAACUUUUUCUCGCAAAAUCCAGUGAGAGCUAAAAAAGAUAUUCAUUGCGAAUUACGUGUAUCCAAAGUAGCAGAGGACGUUAUCCAAGAUUUCAAUUUUAUUGAUAACACAAAUAUGGUCGGUGUUUCGGAACCGACAACUCCCAUCAAUCAACGCUUUCCUGAAAAUAAUCAUUUCACAAUCGACACUUUCAAUCUUGAAUUUAUUAAUGUUAGUAAAUCUAAUCCGACGUCACAAGACACUACCACAACCAGCACCAUAGAAUCAAUAGAACCUCAGAAUUCGAGUGAGCCUACUGUUUUAGAAGAUAUUUUUGAUUCGAGACAACUCACUUUCCCUUACGAAAGGGAAGUGGAAGAGCAUAUUCAUGAAUCCGCAAAUGUGACCUUUCAAAAUUCAUAUAGUAUCUUCCAAAUUGUUAAUCCUCCAUCAGAACUUUUGUUAAAUUUAAUGGAUCACGAAUCUUACAUAUAUUUCAAAAAUUGA